GAAAUUUGGCGAUUUGGAGUUUAUGGUGGGAAAAAUUCGGUUAGGGAGGGAAUGGAGACGCAGCACUCAGCGCUAAGCCGUUUUCCGCACUGUGGCGCUGCUUAGCAACGCUGUUCGGCUAACGUUCGCGCAGGGAUUCAUGCUAGUAGCCAAAAUAUUAUCCAGAGUAGCCGUUAAGCUAAACUAAAAGACUUCAAAUGCAUCGUUUGUUUUAUAUGAAAACGGGUAACGCUGAAAUAGUUUACAGGCAAAUGUAGUCGCUCCACGGUUCGUGAUCGUAAACUAAGAGAUAGACUUGACUAACUUCAAGAAAUUUAACCAUUGUCCGCACAGUGGCACUGUUAGCCUCGUUGGCUACACUGUUCGGCUAACGUCAUCGCAGGGAUUUAUCCUAGUAGUCGAAAAUCAUCCAGAAUACCCGACAAGAUAAACCAAAUGAUUUUGCACGUCUCUGUUAUUGUUUUAUGUGAAAACAGAUACCGCUGAAAAAGUUCACAGGCAAGUGUAGUCGCUCCACGGUUCGUAAUAUUAAGCGAAGAAAUAGAAUUGGCUAACUUUGGCACAGCCCAGCCACACACGCAAGAAACGGGCUGUCUUUUAGUCUACAGUCUAGCAGCAUGUCGGUUCUUCCGACCCGUAGGCGCGUUGUAACAGCCGAGAGAUGAGAAGGGACGAGUGGAGGUAAAAUGAGAAGGUUGCACUGCUGCACCUAUCUCAGCUGCUGCAGUGAUGGUCCCAUCUUGAAAUCCAAAGGGAAGAAAGACAAGUCAGAAGAAAGGAAUAUACUGAAAUCAUCAAUUUUCAAAAACUCAUCUGUGCCACAAGGUCUUGCCAUGGCCAGGAAAAGUGUUUCUCGGACAAGGAGUUUCCUGUGACGGCUCUACGCUACAAAUUUGAAAUUUGCUACUGCGCUUUUGCCUGAACAGACCAAGAUGAUGCUUUGGCUGCUGCUAGUCCUGGCCAUCUGGGACGGGCCUGAUCAAGCUGACUCUGCCCACUCCAAUGAACGGCGAGUUGUAGCACACAUCCCUGGUGACAUCAUCAUUGGAGCGCUGUUCUCCGUCCACCAUCAGCCUCCUGCUGACAAGGUACAUGAGCGCAAGUGUGGUGCAGUGCGAGAGCAGUAUGGCAUACAAAGAGUGGAGGCCAUGAUGCACACAUUGGACCGCAUCAACGCUGAUCCAUACAUUCUUCCCAACAUCAGCCUAGGCUGUGAGAUCCGGGACUCCUGUUGGCACUCAGCUGUGGCUCUGGAGCAGAGCAUCGAGUUCAUACGGGAUUCACUGGUUUCCUCUGAUGAGGCUGAGGAGUGGGGUGGAGGAGGUUCUUGGGGAGGGGGGGGGGGAGGUGGAGGAACGACAAUGAAGUGUGCAGACCCCUCUGCUACUCCAAUGCGAGGGAAGAAACCCAUUGUGGGUUUAAUUGGACCGGGGUCGAGCUCAGUGGCCAUCCAGGUCCAGAACCUGCUGCAGUUAUUCAACAUACCACAGAUUGCCUACUCUGCCACCAGUAUGGACCUCAGCGACAAGAGCCUUUACAAAUACUUUAUGCGGGUGGUGCCUUCAGAUGCCCAGCAGGCAAGAGCUAUGGUGGACAUUGUCAAGAGAUACAACUGGAGCUACGUGUCUGCUAUACACACUGAAGGUAACUAUGGUGAAAGUGGGAUGGAAGCAUUCAAAGACAUGGCAGCCAAGGAGGGAAUCUGUAUCGCCCACUCUGGCAAAAUCUGGAGCAAUGCUGGAGAGCAGAGCUUUGAUCGACUGCUGGAGAGACUGAGGGCCCACCUGCCCAAGGCUAGAGUAGUGGCAUGUUUCUGUGAAGGCAUGACUGUCCGCAACAUCCUCAUGGCUAUGAGGCGCCAGGGACUAGUUGGAGAGUUCCUCCUCAUUGGCAGUGAUGGAUGGGCGGACAGAUAUGAUGUGACAGAUGGCUACGUUAGGGAAGCGGCCGGUGGUAUCACCAUCAAACUCCAGUCUGCUGACGUGAAAUGGUUUGAUGAAUAUUACCUUAAGCUUCGUCCUGAAAACAACCACAGGAACCCUUGGUUUCCAGAAUUCUGGCAGCAUCGUUUUCACUGUCGACUGAAAGGCCACCCACAGGAGAGCAGCAAGUACAACCGCACCUGCAGCAAGCGAGAGUCCCUUCGGCAGCAGUAUGCACAGGACACUAAGAUGGGUUUUGUCAUUAAUGCCAUCUACUCAAUGGCAUAUGGUCUGCAUAACAUGCAACGGUCUCUCUGCCCAGGCUAUCAGGGCCUGUGUGAUGCCAUGCGACCUAUAGAUGGUGCUAGACUGCUCGACUUCCUGAUGAAAACCAACUUUACCGGUGUGUCAGGAGAAGGAAUCUUAUUUGAUGAAAAUGGAGACUCACCUGGCAGGUAUGAAAUAAUGAACUUCAAAAAGAUGGGGAAGGAUUAUUACGAUUACAUUAACGUUGGAAGUUGGGACAACAGGGGUUUGAAGAUAGAUGACGAUGAAAUCUGGCCCAACAAAGAAUCCAUUAUCAAGUCAGUCUGCAGUGAACCCUGUGACAAAGGACAGAUAAAGGUGAUCCGUAAAGGUGAGGUGAGUUGCUGUUGGACGUGCACUCCCUGCAAAGAAAAUGAAUUUGUGUUUGACGAGUACACCUGCCGAGCCUGUGAACUGGGCUCCUGGCCUACUGAUGACCUCACAGGCUGUGACCCAAUACCAGUGGAGUACCUGCGUUGGGGUGACCCUGAACCCAUUGCUGCAGUGGUCUUUGCCUGCCUCGGUUUCAUGGCUACAUUCUUUGUCACUGCAGUCUUCAUCAGGUUCCGGGACACUCCGGUGGUUAAAUCUUCCAGCAGGGAGCUGUGUUACAUAAUACUGGCAGGGAUCUGUCUGGGAUAUCUGUGUACGUUCAGCCUCAUCGCUAAACCCCAUGUCAUCCACUGCUACCUCCAACGACUGGGAAUCGGCCUGUCGCCUGCCAUGAGCUACUCUGCGCUUGUCACCAAGACCAACCGCAUCGCUCGGAUCCUGGCAGGAAGCAAGAAGAAGAUCUGUACAAAGAAACCUCGCUUCAUGUCUGCCUGUGCUCAGCUCAUCAUUGCCUUCCUCCUCAUACUGCUACAGCUGGGUAUCAUUGUGGCUCUCUUCCUCAUGGAGCCACCUGAGGUGAUCCAUGACUACCCGAGCAUCCGCCAGGUCAACCUCAUUUGCAACACCACUAACCUCGGUGUGGUUGCCCCGCUGGGAUACAAUGGCCUCCUCAUCCUCAGCUGCACCUUUUAUGCCUUCAAGACCCGCAACGUCCCAGCUAAUUUCAACGAGGCUAAAUACAUUGCCUUCACAAUGUACACCACCUGUAUUAUCUGGCUGGCGUUUGUACCCAUCUACUUUGGCUCCAACUACAAAAUUAUCACCAUGUGCUUCAGUGUCAGCCUCAGUGCCACCGUGGCUCUGUGCUGCAUGUUUGUACCCAAGGUGUACAUCAUUCUGGCCAAACCAGAGCGUAAUGUGCGCAGUGCCUUUACCACUAGCACAGUGGUGCGCAUGCAUGUUGGUGAUGGCAAAUCGUCCUCAGCUGCCAGUCGCUCUUCUAGUCUGGUUAACCUGUGGAAACGCAGAGGCUCCACUGCAGAAACACUCAGCUCCAAUGGUAAAUCAGUAUCUUGGGCGCAGACAGAGCGCAGCAGUUCACGUGGCAACCACCUGUGGCAGCGACUCUCUUUCCACAUCAAGAAGAAGGAGAACAAUCAGACUGCUGUUAUUAAGCCCUUUUCCAAAACCUCUGAGGAGCGUUACUGUGGUGGGGCUGACCUGCCUCCUCAUGUCCCGCUGCCCUCCCUCCCCUCCAUGUCGUCGCUGCCCACUCAUCCUGACAGCGUUACCGACAAAACCCUGUACGAGCUCUCGGAAGCAGAGGAGCGCUACUCCAUCACCUACCGGCCGCAGACGCCUUCACCCAUCAGCACGGUCAGCCAGAGGAUAGGUUUAGAGGAGCCUCAGAUGGCCACGAUUCCAAAAUAUUCAAGCAGCAUUUGCAGCGGCGGCAGCGGCAGCAGUUGUGGACCUCCCAGCAGCGGCUCUGUUGUGACUGGGAGUGACGGGCGUUUGGUUGCCGUGGACGAUCGCCCAGGACAGGCCCAGAGUUCACUGAUGGACCAGAUCAGUUGCGUGGUAAACCGCUUUACUGCCAACAUUACCGAACUCAACAGCAUGAUGCUCUCCACCUCCCCGACGCACUCGCACACGCACAAACACACACCUCCAUCUCCUCAUGCAGCCGACCCCUACCUGUUACCUCGCGAACUCCAGGUGCCCCCAACCCUCACCACCUACGCUGAUGUCCAGCCUCUCCCCCCUGUAGAGUCUAGCAUGGGGGGCCGAGGCGGCUGCCCUGUUCACUCAAUCCCUCAUUCACCUUACCCCCUGCCGCCCCCUCAUCCCCAGACCUCCCCCUCACUCUCCCCUAUGCGAGGAGGCCUGGUCACCUGCCUCGCCGACUCCCCGCUGAGGAGGGCGGAGCUAGAAGAGGAGCUAAUCGCUUUGACUCCGCCCUCACCCUUCCGCGACUCUCUGGCGUCCAGCAGUGGCUCACCGGUCUCAGAGACGGGUCUGUGUCUCCCCCCUGUCCCCUCCCAUCCUCCUCCCUCCCCACCUACGCCCAGAUACAGCCUGACACUCAGAAACUACAGCCAGAGUUCAUCCUCACUGUGAGGCCGAGAUGAUGAGUUAAGAAACGCAAAGAGGAGCUCUCAAAAACAACACGUCGUACGGAGAAAAGACGACGGAUAGACUGAAAUCCAUUCAUCCCUGCGUGGAAUAAAAACCUGACGUUAAGUAGUAAUGGAGGGCUGGUUGGUGAAGACACCAAGCUGUGUUUGUGUUUACAUGUUCACAGUGAGAUGCAAGUAUAAGGAGCUUGCCCAUCUCGUAUUUUCUUAGUGCUGUCUCUGACGAAUGAGGAUUUAAAACUGCAAAAAUGGCUACUGUAACUGAAGCGUUUUGGCGUCAGCAACACCAGAGAUCAUUCCUGAAGGUCUGAGGCCAUGUAUCAUUUAGGUUUGAGUAGUGGCCUUAAGGUAACUCGGCUAUCAACUAAUUAGAGAUUGUGAAUGUGUGUUUGUGUGUGCGUUGGUGUGCGAGUGUAUUCUAAUGAGAGACGAUGGCACCAUGACAGCACUGAGUGUUGAUGAGACUCCCACAGCCUGUAAGAACUGCACUGAGGCUAUCAAGGGCACAUAUAUAUUUGCUCAUAGACACACAUGCACACACUUACAACCAUAUAAGUGUGAGCACACCCAUACAAAUAUAAUGUAAGGGAAAACACUGUAAAUAUGUGAGAAGUUAUGGAUUUUUCUUUGAUGAUAAAAUCCAACAUGCUUCUGACAAAAGUGCAUUGCAUUAACAGUGUUAACAUACUAAGGCAGUAUGUUACUCUGACAAAAGCAUCUUUUUAUUUAUUCAGUUCUCCAAUCUGAUCCCACUACAUCGCUUCCUUUUCCUCAGCCUCUUUUUGUCUUACAGCUUUUUUUUAAAAAAAAAAAAAUCUUGCCAGUGUUUCAAUAUUUUCUACUCUUCCUGUUAAGUUUCUUCAGAAGUUUGAAUGUAUAUUUUCUACAUGAUUUCUGAAGCAGGUGGGACCAAACCUUUUGUAGCUUUCUGUCUGUGACCUCAGAAAGAAGGAGCGGAGGGAUUGACAAGACCAGGCCUUGUUUUACCAUAAACAUCUUAGUCAUUAAAUCUUGUUCAGGUGGAUUAUUGGCAGAAAUCUGACCUAGACUCUUAUUGUUAGCGUGUGACAUUUAACAGUGCAUUUUGUAAGGCUUAGCUGGAUCCCAGUCGUGACAUUUUCUUUAUACAAUGUGUCAGCAGGACACAUUCACUCUGCUUCAUCAAAGACAGUGCUUUGAAUGCCAUUAAUUUGAAUCACAGUUGUGUCCAAUGUUAGCAGGCACAAACUGAUAGAUUCAAGCUGAGAGAGAAGCCUCCUCCUCAGCCUCGACGAGGAUCGUCUGUUACACAGGCGCUUUGAGUUUUUUUAAAUGUCUCCACUCGUUUCAGACAUUACAGGCAGAGCAACCAAAGAUGUAAACAAAAAAAAAAAAGAAUAUUAAGUGAACUGUUUAUAUGAAGUUUAUUUUAUUUGGAGAAAAACAGUCCACUCUGCAUUAUUGCUUUGCUGUCAGUCACACAGGACCAUGGUGGUAGACGGUAGAUGAUGACUGACAUCCAGCAUAACUGGUCAAAUUGUUAGCCGCGUGAAGCCUUCCUUAUUUUGGUAAAUUUGCUGUCUUGUGGAGAGUUAGAUGAGAUGGUCAGCACCACUCUCAUAUCUGUCAGGUAUAUAUAUGAUAUCUGUGCUAGUUGCCUGGCAACUUCAUGACGAUGACAGUAUUUUUAGGAAGUCAUGGCCAAAUAAAUGUCUGGUACAUAACCCUGUAUAAAAUCCCGCUCUGUGUUUUUCCUACUGUGGUUUUGGUUUGCAUUAAGCAAAAGAGAUUCUACAUUUGAAAUACUUUAGAGUUGCUGGAAGGCAGAUUUUGAUCACAGCCAGGCUUAACUGUUAACCGUCUUUAUACUAAGCUAACUGGCUUCUGGUGUUAUCUUCAUGUUGAUGGGACAGGCAUGAGAAUGGUAUAGAUAUCCUCACCUCACUCUCAGCAAGAAAAUGAUUCAGUGAUUCAAAAAAAAUUAGGUCCAUGAUACUCUGCACUGUAAGGUCUGGCCUUAUGUCAUACUUACUGAAUUGGAAAAAAAUGUUGCGAGUGAACAUAACUUAUCUAAAACGUGUUGGGCAGUAAUAGUAUGUAUGUCAAGGCUUUUUGCAGGACUGUAGGGGAGAAUAUGAUUUUCUAAUGUUUAUAAAUGCCUGUAAAUUUGGGUGAGCAGAAUUGUAGUACCUAAAAUAUCACAUUUGGCGAUAUAAGAUUUGGAUCUGCCUUUAAAUGGAAUGUAAUUAAUGGUGCCAACAUAGAGGAGUACCAGGAGAUGAAAUGUGCCGAUGAAUGCAUUCACUAAGAUGCUUUUGAGAAAUGGGGCCUUGGCUUUGCGUCAGCUCCCUCCACAGAGGAAAACAAACUGAAGUCACAUAGUUAUGAUACACAAGAAAGGCAUUUUUACAUUUGAUUUGUCAUCUCGUUUACAUAUUUUACUAAACUAAAGCUAAUUACCAGUUCCACAAACAAAAAUUAGUGCUUCAAAAUGUUGCCUGUUUCUUGUUGUCCAUCAUGAUCUCCAUAUUCUCCGCAGCAUGUGCAUUCGUCUGCUGUGACAGCUGACUGAUGCAGAUGCAGUCCACAGUCAGAUUUCUCCUUUUUAGUUUAGCAUUUGUGCUCUGCAGUAGCCAGCAAGAACAAACUCAGACAAAGUGAUUCUGUAAAUAAUAAGGGCAUGCAAAGACAGUUCUGUUUUGUUUUCGAUGAAAGUGAAUUUAUUUACAUAUCAACAAAGGUGAAAAAAACAAAAAAAGAGAUGUUUUUGAGCUAUGUUAUAACAUACAGUACCAAUAUGUGUUACGACUACAGAAACUGUGUUACUACUCUGAAUGUGUGAGUGACCAUUCCUAUUCAAAUGUCUUGUAAUUCAACAAUAUAAUAAUAAUUAAUGACAAUAUGAUUAUUGUGCCAAAGGGGUUAGGGAGGGCUUAGCUUAGUAGGUUGUGGGUAAAUAUGUGGUUUCAUAAAAAACAGAAAAAAAUGUAAAUGUAAAGCUGUUUCUAUUGUUUUGGAUAUUUUCUAUAUAAAUAUUCCACAUUUUCCAGUGUAAAAGCAAUAUUAUCCAUAUGUAUACGCAUCUGGGGUUUCUUAAAUCCUAAUGUUUUAGAUUGUCUUUUUUUUAUUUUUCUUUUAGUCUUUGAAUUGCGGUUUGAGGAUGGUGGGUAGAUAAUUUUUCUUAAGUGAUUUCUAGUAACAAAGAAGGCGUGAUUCAUUAUUCUUGCAAUGUUAUCUUCUCACAUCCGGCCUGUGGUUCUACCUUUUCUACUGAGUUUUCAAAGUUCAGUCUUCGAUCUCAACAUCCAAAUAACUGAUGGCAUACCUAGCUAGAGGGUUAAAGAGAUGGAAUAUGUGAUAUAUAGUUAUUAUUAUUUAUUUUUGCUGCUAUUUGGUGGUGGUAAGUUACCUGGUGUGGUGUCCUUAAACUAGUAUGUCUCUGCCAGUCAGAGCAAGAGAAUAAGCAUCUUCUUGGAUCCCAAAGGGGGAAAAAAGCCAAGUGAAUACAACAUCUGAAGCAACAUCUGCGAUAAUUGCUCAGAAACUUUUGCUUAUGUUCAGGAUACAAAAUUUACACGGAAAACGACAUGACAAAAAAACAGUGACCGUAACUGGUUCCUGUUCCUGCCUCAAAAUGCUGUCAGUGCAUCAUUAGUGCUACAUCUGCUCAUCUAAUUUUAAUAAUCCAUGCCCUGACCUCUUAUCCAAAAACAAACCUGUGCUGUUGUUAUGAUGUUAUUGGGGAGGAGCUGGUUUACGUGCUGCUGUCACUGACGGUGUUUAUCCCGUGCUGAGAGAGUAACGAGGAGCUUGCUUCAGCACUUCAGCUGCGUGUUAUCAGCCCCCCGGGUGAAGCUCGACAGUCAUGUGCUGCCUCUGCAGAAAAAGACAGGAUCAGCGCUCUCAUCUAUUGCUUUCUUACUCUCUUAAAGGGCUCACUUAUGUGACAUCAUCUUACAUUUAGAUCCGACAUGACCGAUAUCAAAUUUCCACUGAAAAGACAAGGUACAGGUUGUAAGAGGAUGCCAUGAGCUUCAUGAAACUGCAGGAAAUUAGCAGAGAAUCGAGCACACGUUGACUUGUAAGCUUUAUUCAAACUCAUUGAGCCGCAGUUUCAAUUACUUAUCUAGCUUUAAUCGAGCAUUUUAACAGAUUUGAUUAUUUCAGUCUCUUCAGCGUUCAUGUGAUUUUUCCUCCAGGUAAAGUUUGAAAUUUCUAAACAUGGCAUGACAAAUAAUCACCCCUUUAUUAACACAAAAGAAGUCCAACUACAGUAUGCAGACAGGACAUUUAGAUGACAAAAUAAUGCCAUUGCCCCACAGUUCAGCCCUCCCUCAGGCAUUGCCAAAUGCUACUACUCCUAUGAAUCUAGGGUAAUCUCGGUUUAAUUGAUAUCUCCCUUCCUAGUCUUGCCAAAACACGAUAAUGACGGCGUUGAUGGUGUUGGCUACAAUCUUAUUCUCGUCAUGAAGAUGAUCUCCUGAUGAUGUGUACCCAAAGUGCUGUUGGCUGACUUUUUUUUUUUUUUGUAAAUGCACUCUAAAGUAUUGGGUUGAUAAUCCCUGUGCUAAAAAAUACUUUUAAUCCAGACAUGCUCAUCUGCCGAUCAAGUUGAAAAAGGUCAUUUAUUUUAUCAAUUUUGCAUUAAAUAUAAAACCAGUCUGCAGGAUAUCUUGUCUCUAAUCCUUAAACCCUGGUUCAGAGCCAGAUAUACGUAAUCCUGGUGCUGUGUCACAUGUUUUCCUACAGCUUUAUUUAUAACUGCAUUUUAAACAAUCUUUUUUUUUGGUUGAUGUUGUGCUAAGGCAGGCCUUGUUCUUUGUAAGCCUUCGCUGCCCUGCUGGAUUGCAGUUGAGCAAGACAUAAUUAGCUCUCUAUCAGAUCCAAGAGUGGCGCUCUGAGGCUGAGCGUUCAAUUCUGUGUUCAGGAAGAUACGUGAACAACAGGAAUUUCUCCAUUAGGGAUCAAUUUUCAGUUUGAUAGGCAGUGGGGAGUGAUAGAGCAGCCUCCCCCACUGCCUUUGCCUGAUUAUUUGGUUGAUUUGAUGCUGAAAAACAGCUAUGUUUACUGUGUAAACAGCACAUAGAUGCAUGGCUGUGUCCACUGUUAGGGCAGCUUUGGUGAACUUUGUUUUAUGACCCCUCUGACAGGCUCUCACAUAAUUACUAGAAAUACCUUCUCCUGGUAAACACCUUUGUGAGUGUAAUUUGGUAAAUGCCACACAUUGUUUCUUAACAGUGUUACCGAAAUUAGCCAAUCAAAAGAGGCUUCUGGGAACAAAAAGUAGCUGUUGAGUGGAGAUCAAAGUUCUUUUGUAUUCUGAGGCUGAUCUCAACAAACUCCUCUCCCCUGUUUCUGCUAAGCACUAAAUUCCUUGACAUUUAGGUUAAUGCUGUUAUUUGUUUUCUUGCACAGUAGCCAACAGAAACGGAUAAAUGCCUCAUUUGUGGAGUUAGUUUGUUUAAGAGUUAGAUUGGUUUUUUUUUAUUAUCACAGUAUAACACUACAAACCAGAAAAACAUGUUGUAAAAAGCAGUAUGAAAAGGAACUGAUAUUGAGAGAGAUAUUGUUUAAAAAGGCCCAAACCACAUUCCUCACAAUUGGCCAACAUAAGUUGAAGAAUGAUUUAGUGCAACAGGUUGCUUUUUCAGGAUAAAGUAAAGGCAUUUAGACUCUAAACUGUGCUGUACAAAACAUUACAAGGUGCAUAUCAGUGUCCUGAAUGUUGAGUUCUUUGGCGGAGGGUUAAUGAAUCCACUUUUGCUGCAGCCAGUUUAAUGAAACUCACGGCCUUGAGGAUGACGGCUAGACGUCUUAAAAAUCAUCAACAGUAUUUUUGUAAGUUUGUUUGGAGCUGCUGAUUUGAAUGUUGCUUUUUAUAAGUGAGUGAAGGACAUAUGUGUUUUAAUAUGUUAUCGCUUCCACAGCCAAUAGGGUAAAGGGAUUUUUAGGUAGUUAGUGCAGAGGAGACAGGAGGAGGAUAUGUUUAAUAAGAGGUUAAGUCAUGUGUUGUAUUGAUUAGAAAUAAGAGAGGAGUUUAUGUAUUUACGUGGCUUCAGGGUUUGUUAGAAAAUGAAAUAACUUAUUAAAUGGGUCUGUGUUGUUUUUAGGGCAAUAUUGUUUUCCAUACAGAGCAGUGUGUUGAUGGUUUGUGAAAAUAUACUUAGUUAAGCUAACUUCUCCCAUCUUUCUAUUUAUACGAGAGUUUAACCGAACUGAACUGUUACAUUACACCACAUGACACAGAGGUAUCCUUGCAGGGCAUGAUGGUAUCAAAGAAACACCGAUGUGGAUGAUUUCCUCGGUAUUUGCUGCGUGCUUUUUAUAUUCCUCGUAAGCUGAGAUUACUGCUUUGGACACAAACACAAGCAAAAUCCUGAUUAAUACCCCUACUUUAAAUUCUGAUGAGAUUCUAUUUUCAGUAGAGCGUUUGACAGUAGAGUGUUAACGAUAUAAAUAAGAGAUGAAUGUUGCCUAUAGACGUGAUGUUUACAUUCUUACUCACUUUGAGAUAAUCAGAACUAUCUUGUUUAAUUACUGGCUUCAGAUGUCGUGUCAUUUUACAAGCUUACAAGCAUGUUUUGUGUUUUUCUGGAACACUGAGGUGAAUGAUCCGAGCAAAAAAAAAGAAAAAAAAAACAACUUUCACUUAUUCUUGACAAAGGCAGCUCAUCUGCAUAUAAAUUAAGGCCCUGUGUUGUGUUCCAGUUUCUUUACAACCCAGAUUUAUCAAAACCCUCAUUCAGCUGAGGUCAUUGAAGUGACUACUUUUUGACAAAAAGAAAAUAAUGGCAGGUAAAUGCAAUUAAACAGGAGUGAAAUGAGAUCAAUUCUCUCUAGUGAGAUUGUUAUAUUUUUGCUAUGUUCAUUUAAAAGUAUUUAUUCACUCCAAACAGAAAAUGACUAUUAAUGAAAAUUAAAUUUAUGACAAAUGUAUACUUAUUUAUUUUUUAAAAAAUAACAGCAAAGUCGGGCUUAAAUUGCAGCGCGUCCCCAGACUCCAGUGGUGUUUCAUCACAGUGUUGUUAACAUAAGCUCCUCUACUCAGUGCCAACUUUCUCAUCUUUUUAUUUCAAGUGCAACUGCGUUUUUUUUUUUUUUUUUAACAAGGGUGGAUAAACACUACUGAAAUGUGACUACACUGCUUCUGUUUUCAAAAAUUGGAAUUAUAUAUCCUUUCCUGAGCUGUCUACCAGUGCCAAUAUGCUGAUGAUGAAUAUGCUAAACAGGAAAUAUGGUAGUGUUCAUCCUCCCAUUCGGACAUUUGAUUGUUGCCGAGUUAUUUUUAAUGAACAUGAUGUUUGUUUGUUUUUUUUAAAGCUUUCCUGUUUUGUUUUUGCUUUUUCCUGAUGUUCAAAACUGUAGAAUGUAAUUUGAUGCUAUAUAUCGAUGUGAUGGAGGAUAGUUUUAUAUUUGGAUAUUUGAUUAUUUAUGAAUAUUUUCACUCAGCUUUGUAAAGUGUCAAAUAUGAGAAUAUAUGGCUCUAGCUGUUUGGAAAAUACAGUUUGUUCUCAAGUGACUUUUUAGCGGGGGGGUUUCUGAUGGGCAAGGUGAGGAUUUUGUCUGCUUCAGGCAAAUUUUAAUUACUGAUUGAGCCCACAAAUGAGCUUUAGACUUGCCUCAAACAUAACAAACACUGGAUUCCACAGUGUUUGUUGCUGACACUGGAGCCUUGUUCACAGGCUUUCUGGAGGUUCCCAACAGACAUGGAGCAGAUUUGGCCAAAACAGAGUUCUUCUCAUCUCCCAAUUAACAAAUCUUUAUCUCCUCUUCCAAAUUGGCCCACAGUUAUUCGUAUGAAUGCCCUUCUCCGAGCCAAUCUGUGGCCACUGGGAACAGUAAAGAGCACAGAGAGUGGGAGGGGUUAAUAGAACGUUUCUUGUUUUUUAAUACAACUGCAGUGUUUUUGUUUAACAGAGGAGCAAGGAUUCACAUAUAUAUGUCAUUUUGGGGAAAUAAAAGCACAUUUAAUAAAUUGUUAAAGUAUUUGUCAACAAGUCUACUUAGUUCUCUUGAAAAAAAAAACCCAAAUAUCAAAUCUUGCACAAUACUCAUAAAUAUGUUCACAUUGUAGGUGAACAGUGUUUUCAGAGUGCACGUCUUUGUUGUCCCGGGCCUCUCAUUUGGCAUUUUGCUCUGCUUCCUCUGUCCUUGCAUCCCUUCCUUACUUUUUAUGUCGUAUUAACAAUUGAAAGGCGGGAAUCUGCUGGGGUCACAGGAGAAUCACAAGCCUCCAGAAGCCUGUGCAAAAGGAAGAACAGUGAAGCACUAGCGGUCCGAUAAGCAGGAGGCAGCUGUAGCAUCCUGCACAUCCUCAGACCAGAAAAGUAACUCUGUGAUUUUUAAAAAUGUGUUGGGUAAGGGAACAUGUGAAUUCAGUCUUUUGUUGAGCCUGUCUCUUCUUGGCACAAACGCUGUGCUGCCACAGUACUUUGGCAUUAACAGGUGGAUUUUUUAAAAGCCACCAUACUUUGACUCACUGCAGUCAAACGCCCACCUGCUGGGCACCAAGAAAGAGCUAGAAGAGACCACUUAAAAAGGGAAAAAAAAGUCACAGAGUGUUCUUUAACUCUUAACUUACGGCUCUGAAUCAUGAUGACACAUGGUUGUGUUUUUUUUUUUUUUUUACUGGGCUUGAACGCAGGUAUUUUUGACAGUGUGACGACCAUUUAUCAGUGCUAUGGAGUCUGACAGGAGAUGGGAUGUGAUGUGUGGGGAGAAAACUUGCAAACAAAAAAGGGUUUUCUUUUUUACGUUUGUUUUUUUGUUGCCAUUGAUAAUCAUUGUGUAAUUGUACUACGAAGUACCUUUGAAUCAUUAUUGAAAUCGUUAUUAAAAAAACUAUGACCUCCC